AUGACGCAGGCAGUGGCUGAGACCAAUCCCAAACCCCCUCCAAACGUGGAAGUGGUGAUCGAUCGAAAGGCUCAAAAGGCCGCAGAGAAGAUGUUGCGUUCCCAAAGGAAUUUAGAAAUCUAUAAUAAUUUUGCAACACCCCUGGCCGGAACAUUCCUCAAUUUGCCCACAACACCGGCUGUGAUACGCUGUCCCUCAUGCGGAGUAAAGGGUAUGAGUGAGGUGCAUGUUGAGCCCAAGAAAUGGGCCAAGAAGUGGAACAGUUUCUUUGGUUGUCUAUUUGCCUCCCUGUGCUGUUGUUGUUGUUUCAAUUAUUCCGAUCCCUGUGGCCAGUGUGACACAAAUCAUUAUUGUAAAAAUUGCAAUUGUUAUUAUGGACGAGCGAAACGUAGACCACCAGCAUUGGUAGCCUGA